AUGAGAUUGAUUCACUUGUUUCUGUGUUUAUUCAUCGCUUUUGAUCGAGUUUUAACGCAAAUAGACGUUCCGAUUGAGAGUUUACUCGAUGCAGUUGAUGAAUCCGAUGAUGAUAUGGAGGAAGCUAAAAAAGAAUUGAAAAAGCUCGAUUCGGAUGGAAAUGAUGAUGAGUUACCUGAUGAGAAAUCGACUAUCGAAUUUGCGAGGGAUUGCAACAAAGUAAACGAGACCGACAACAAAGAAAUUUGUAUGAUGGUGCAAAAAUGGAGCACACGAGUGCAUAAAGAGGUCGUAAAACGAAAAGCGGAAUGCGCCCAACUUGACCUUCAACUUUUAUCGCAAAGACGAUCAAAGAGAACUUUAAACAGAUUCGGAAUGGCUUUCGAUCGGAAUGUUUCACUUGCAGCCCAUUGCCGCCUUCGCCAAAUGCGCCAAAAAACGCUCACUCAACGAAAGAAAAACGAAAGGAAACGCUUGCAAAAGUUGAAGGGAUUAAUAAGUGAUCAGGAUUUGAAAUAUUUUGCUGAUGCAAGGUUGAAUGCGAGAAAAAUCGAGCAAGAUACAGCUGCUGUUUUGUCAGCGGCAAGGGCAAAGCUACGAGAGCUAGUCGGCUUAAACACAGUUGAUCAAUCGAUGAUCGAAGCACAGCGGAAAGUCGUCGCAAAAACCCAGCAAGAUCACCGAGAAACGGUGAAAAUGUGGCAAGAAACGGUCAAAGAGCACAAUAUGGCGAAAGUGCGAUACGCUGAAUUACAUCCGAAAGCUGGAACGGCAACGGUCCCCUGCAUGUACAAAGGAGUCCUUUUGACAAAGGCAAUUCGAAAAGAGUACCACACUUUGACAAACGUUGAACGAAAUCGCUAUCACGCAGCAUUGAAAGCAUUGAAAGCAAAUGGUGUCUACGAUACGUUCGCCCAGUUCCACUACAAGGCGGCUUUCGCGGUGAACGCGCACAACGGACCAGCUUUCUUGCUGUGGCACAGAGAGCUGCUGAAAAGAUAUGAGCUAGAGUUACGCAAAGUGGACCCGCUCGUUGCCUUACCUUUCUGGAACUCAAACGUUAAUAACUACAAUCCGCUGAGCAAUGGAUCGGCGUGGGCAUCGAAAUGGCAAAUCACGUUCACUCCAGACUUUAUGGGUAAUCCAAGCGGAAAAGUGCGCACAGGUCCCGCAGCUGGAUGGUUGAAUGUGAAUCAGUCGAGUUCACUGGUGCGCAAUGUGGGCACUCGUUUCGGUUUCAUCGUCGACACAACCAUUCAAUUGAUCAUGACCUAUGCCACUGAUUACACCUACAUUUUCAGAGUGCCUGCCGCUUAUUCGGGUUGCAAAGUUGCGUGGUUUCAAUCGUGGGAGCCAAGUCUUGAGAUCUAUCACGGAUACGGACAUCUUGGUGUUGGAGGUGAUAUGAGUGAUACACCGACUGCAAGCGCUGAUCCGCUUUUCUUCAUGCACCAUUGUCUCUAUGAUCAAAUCUGGGAAGCAUGGCGGCAAAAGUGGCAGAGCCCUGAAGAACGUGAAACACAAUACCCAACUGAUGACGUCAUCGAGGGAUGCGCCUCUUCCACGCACACUGCCGACUCGAUCCUCGAACCGUUCACAAAUUUGAAUGUAAUGGACGCUUUAUCGAAUCUCUACACCCAGGAGCUCUUCCAGUACGCGGUGUCGCCGAUUUGCUCCGCUAAAAAUCGAAAACAAUGCGGAAGUCCAUACCUCUUCUGCUCGUUGAGUCCAGCAGCCUUUUGGUCACCAGGUCCAAAAUGUAUGGCCAAGAUAAUACCCGGAGGACCUUGUGCUAUUUUCACUCGAGGCGAGGACGUUUGCUAUCAAGGAACGUGUAAAAAUGGCGUUUGUGUGAAAAACGCAGCA